UUCCUCAUAGGGUGUGACAGGGAGAGGUGCAGAGUAGAGAACAAUGGAGGUCAUUGGCCUGAUCAAGAGUGUGAUGGGGUGCAUGAAGACGCUGGCUGACCUUAUAGAGAAAAACAUCGAGCGCAGAGACUUGCUCGCUGUUGGCCUUAUUUCCAUGAAGAAUUAUCUCCAGAUACUCAUCGACGUCGAAGGGCGCUUCAAGAGAAAGCAGCUGCAACUGGCACCAGGAAUGCAAUUGCAGCUGCAGGAGCUGGCUUUUGAUAUCGAUGACUUCAUACAAGCUCUCUGGGUUCCCGGACCAUGUCGCUCCUUCUUCCUCGCUGCGGUGGGGUUAGACUCUCGUCCUCGACUUAUUCAGCUCAUUGCCGAUUUCAAGGAUCGCAUCAAGAUUCUGAUAGAAGAGCUUCCAAAAAGCUUUGAACCGAUGCCACCACCGACCGGGGGAACUUCAACGUUGGCCAGUCCGCCGUCAUCGGCUAGAGCUCCAGUUUCUUAUGCUCGAGAGGUGGAUCUCGUGGGCAUCCAAGGACCCAAAAUGGAGAUUAAGGAGCUUCUCUCGCCACACGCUGAGCCCCAUCGAGGGAGACUAAGCGUCAUCUCCAUCGUCGGAUGUAGCGGCGCAGGAAAGACUGCCCUCGCAAGGACACUCUACGAAGACGAUGAUGUCACCAAGGAUUUUGAUUACAAGGCUUGGGUUGUGGCCUCCGACCACAUCCCUGCGGGUAUUCUAAACAAGAUCCUCGAAGAAGUUAUUCCUACAUCACUACUUGGAAGAAUCUCCCAAGCUUUGCAACGUUUCUUAAACACGAUUCUCCGAGCGGUUCCUCUAUCACCAGCCCGCUGGAGUACCUCCGAAGCUAUGCAACAUUUCCGAAAGGACAAAAGGUACCUGGUCUUUGUUGAUGACGUGCAACGCGUGACACCAUGGAAGGACAUUAGUAAUGCAUUCCGUGAAAAUGUCAUGGACAGCAGAAUAAUUGUGACCACAAUUGUUCCAUCCGUUGCCAGGGCGCGAAGCUGUGGCAGACCUGGCAGUUAUAUGUACACAGUGAAAGGUCUGGACAAAGAAAAUUCAAGAAGACUAUUCCGGGCAAAGUUUUGGCAAGAUGAUGGCUACUCAGCAGAAGGUGAAGUUGACUUGCAUGACAAUGAUGUUGAUAUCAUCACUAAAAAGUGUGAUGGCUUACCAAUGGCGCUAAUCAGUACAGCUAAAUAUUUGCGUCAGAAAGGACCAGAUCCAACAAUUAAAGAUUUUAAGCAAGUAAGCCAAGAACUUCGUGAUUGCCUGGCAUGUCGUGAGACCGCCUCUGAGGAUUUCUCAGCAUUUGCGGAAAUGAGAAGGGCGCUUGUCAAACCCUACGAGAACCUCAAACAUGGUGAGAAGGAAUGCUUACUUUAUGUAAGCACAUUUUCCCAUGGUCAUGAUGCAACCACCAAUUCCCUACUCAGAAGAUUAAUAGCUGAAGGAUUGCUUCCUAGAGAUGAUGAUGUAGCCAAAGAUCCAGAGUCGAUUGUGGGAGAUGUCCGUGAGUGCUUGAGGAAAUUGAUGGACCAUAGUAUGAUUGAGCCCGUUCCCAUUCGCAACUAUACCAACGUUGCCAAGAGGUGCCGAGUGCACAGUAUAAUGCUGGAGUUUACCAUCAAGAUAGCUGUGUCCAGAAACUUCAUGAGUCUGAUUCACAAGGACAAGGCUCUGCACAGCAGAACCGGCAAAGUUCGCCGGCUCACUGUUCAGUCCAGCCCCCUUGUACGAGGCACCACACGUCCAGAGGGAAUGGAUUUGUCUGUUCUCAGGUCCUUGGCAAUAUUCGAGAGUAGAAUUCUGGAUUUUCAGGAAUGCAAGCUGGUGAGAGUCUUGGACCUUGAAGGUUGCAUUGGGCUUACAAAGGAGGUUCUUGAUAAUAUAUGUGGGUUGCUACUUCUCAGGUUUCUCAGCCUCAGAAAUUCAGAUACCAAGGAGCUUCCCGAAAAUGUGAAGGAGCUCCAAUGUUUAGAGACGCUGGACACUCGGGGCACAGAGGUGGAAAAAUUGCCUGUGGAAGUCAUCAUGCUCCCACGGAUUGCCUACCUGUUUGGCAAGUUUGAGCUAACCAACGUGGACACCGAAAAUAGAGACAAGGUUGCCAAGUUUUUUUCAGAAAAGAGAAGUCAACUGCACACUCUUGGUGGUAUAUCUGUCCACAAGACACCAUGUUUAGAGAUUGUUGUGGACGUAGUACAACACGCCACAAUGCUGAAGAAGGUUAAAGUGUGGUACAAGGAAGCUCCAAGCAGCCCAGGUCCUUCCACUUCUAUACCAGAACCGAUCCCUGGUGAUAGGAAUUUGGUUCGCACUGGUCUGGAAUCCACUCUGAAGAAGCGUUCUCUCAAUUCGGAUCCUUGUAUGGAUCUCGACUCUGUGUCCGUUGAUUUCAAUGGUGUCCCCAAUACCUUUCUGGAUUUUCUCAAGACCAGUGGCACCAUAAGUUCCAUCAAACUACGUCAAGGAUUGGGAAGCCUGCCUAAACCUGCUGUGUUAAAACAGGUGAGUAAUCUCAAGAAGCUGCACCUCUUCUCAACUGGUCGCAAGAGCGACGAAUUAUCGCAGCUGCAGCACUUGCAUUGCCUACAAUAUCUUAAGCUCGAAGAGGAGGUUGAUGGAUUAUGGAAUCAUGUCUUCCAUGUGAAAGCUGGUGGGUUCGAAAGCCUCAUCUGGCUGUGCUUUGAGGCGUCAAAGCUCCCGCCUAUACUGAUCGACCAAGGAGCCAUGACCCUUCUGGGUUCUCUUCAGCUGCUUUCGCCAGCACUUCGUGGAGUCUCGGGCAUAAGACAUCUGUCAAACCUCAGAGAGGUGAUACUCCACCGUUAUGCUACCGAUGAUACAGUGAAAGGAUGGAAAAAAUUCGUAGAGGGACACAUCAACAGGCCAUAUGUGGAUAAGAAACAGGCAUAGUUGUUCUUGAAGCUCUCUAUAAAUUUAUAUGGCGUGCCGCGUGACUACUCAAGGAUCUUCCUCGGGGCCUCUACUUUCUUUGUCUUCCUCUAUUCAGGUGGGAUUGAUCCAUCAAUCAGGGUUCUAAUAACCUUCCAGCAUAUUUAUUCAUAAAUAAUUUGUACAUUGAGCCCGUCGAGCAGCAAACUGUAAUGAGAUAUGUACCUCCGGAGACAGGGU